AUGUCGACUGCGCGGCCUCCCCAGAGGGACGGCUCGGAUGGAAGGCCAGGUGGCGCAGGGGGUGAAGAGUUGGACGCCGCUGCACGCCCCGCACAGGGCCAGCAGGGGGCCUACCCGGACGUGAGAGCCUCUGACGGGACGGCUCCGUCGAAUGCGACACGAAACAUGGAUGGAAACCCGCCGAGUAGAGCCAACGCGGGACCAGGAUCGGGCGCGCCAGGAGGGGCACGCGACGGCAGCUCCACGGCGCCAGACGACUCGUCCCGGAGUUAUCCGGCCGCGCGGCUCGCGGCGGACGAGACCGGGACCGCGACCAUCUCGAUACGGGCGCGGCGGGCGGACCCCGACCCGCCCCGGCCCGCCACCACCGCCCGCGCUCAGGUGGCAUCUGCGUCGUACCACGAGCCCCCGCCGCGGCCGCGCGCGGAGGCGGCCGCGCUGGACCCGCUGCGCACCUCGGCGCGCUACACGUCGCACGAGCCGUCGCACUCGCGGUCGAGCUCGCUCUCCCCCGCGGGCGUGCGGCUGACGGGCAUGGAGGGCGCGUGGGGCGGCGCGGGGAUGAGCGCCCGCGACGGCAUGGCGACGAUCGCGCGGCGGUCGUGGCUGUCGUCCACGCGGGCGUCCUCGCGCACGGGCGUCACCACGACCCCGCGCGCCCACAUCACGCGCGAGGGCAUGGCGCACUACUUCAACGAGAAGACGUCGGGGCUCGCGCACUACAUCGUGGCGCUCAUGCGCGACCACGACGACUCCUCGGGGGACGACGACGCGCGCCCGCAGCCAGACGCGGGGCGCAGGCCGGACGUGCCGGAGCUCGAGCGGCUGCGCGUGCUGGUGACGGAGCGCGGGGAGGAGAUCCGGAAGCUCCGCGAGCAGCUGGCGCGCGCCCAGGCGGCCGACCACGACACCAGCGAGGACGCCAAGGCCGCACUGGCCCGCGUGCUGACGGCGGCGCGCGACCGCGCGGACGUGCACGAGCGCGACAGCGACAGCUUCGUCCAGACCACGGAGCGCGUCAUCGAGAACAUGGGCCGCCAGCAGGCCGCCAACGAGGCGCGCAUCCGCGACCUGGAGGCGCAGAUCGCCGCGCAGAACGCCGCGGCGCAGCAGCGCGCGUUCGCGGCGUCCCCGCGCAGCGAGGGCCCGCAGAAGCGCGUCGGGCGCGCCAUGCAGGUCGAGCUGCCGCCGCGGCACAACCUCUUCCUGCACACCGACCACCUGUCGUCGCGCGGGCUGCACAUGUACCGCUGGAUGGACAGCCUCGCGCGGCUCUUCGACACGCUCCUCCGCUGGUGGUGGGCCAUCCUGCUGCUCCUCCUCCUGCUGCUGCUGCUGAUCCUGCUGCUCCUCUUCCUGCUGCCGCGCGGGGGCGCGGACGCCCCGCGGAUCCUCGCCGGGCCGCUGGUGAUCGCGCAGUCGCCGUACUCGGUCGACGUGGACGCCGCGCUGGACUGCCCCGGCCGCGUGCGCUACGUGGUGUUCCCCGCGCAGCAGCUCGAGGACCUGGGCUUCAGCGCGACGGGGGCGCGCACCACGCGCCGCGCGCUGCAGCAGGGCAGCGACAACCUGCCGUCGCCGGAGCAGGUCGCGUACCUGCGCGACCUCCCCGCGGGGCUGCGGCCGGCGCUGUGCGCGGAGGUCGACCACCCGCGGUCGCGCGUGGUGCAGCGCACGAGCCUGUUCGGGCCCGGGGCGGGCGUGGCGUCGCCCGCGGGCGCGGGGGGCUCGUUCUACACCUCGGACCUCGACCUGACGUCGGUCACGGGGCUGGCGUCGGGCCUGAACAGCCCGGAGUGCCUCCAGCGGCUGCAGCAGCUGCAGGACACCACCGGGGAGGUGGACGAGGAGGCGCGGGCGCGCGACCUGGAGGUGCUGUGCACGCGGUGCGCGGGGCUGCAGCCCGGCGUGCGGUACUCGGUGCUGGCGGUGGCGCUGCCGCCCGAGGGGGGCCAGCUCAGCGACGAGGUCUUUGCCAACACGUUCGUCACGUCGCUCGGGGGCACGCAGACGGAGUUCCUGGGGACGCCCUCCGUGACCGGCGAGGGCCUGCACGGGUUCGAGGUCGCGAUCGGGACCACGACGGCGGCGACGGUGUUCUACGCGGUGACGUCCGACGCGGGGCUCCUGCGGUACGGCGACAAGACGCUCCUGCAGUUCACCUCCGCGCCGCCGACGGGGCCGACGGCGCUGAAGCUGGCGUCCAACCUGACGAUCGAGAGCGUCGGGCAGGGCGGGAUCGUGGCCAACGGGCAGUUCAACCUCACGCGCGGGGUGGUGACGCGGCUCACCAUCACGCCGCCGUGCACGCCGCGGAUGUGCCCGUACACGCAGUUCGCGCUCAACGCCGGCACGAACUACACGCUGCACCUCGUCGCGCAGGACCCCUUCGGCGUCCUGCAGAACCAGAUCUUCUCGGGGGGGUUCCGCACCGACGUGGACCGCCUGCCGCCCGUGGUCACGGACAACGUGCGCGAGGUGACGGGCACGUCCUUCGUCGCCGGGCUCUCCGUCAGCGAGACGGGCACGCUGUGCUACCUCACGCUCAAGCCCGACAGCGCCGACCCCAACUUCCGCAUCUCGGCCACGCGGAUCGGGGAGCUCUGCGCGCAGCUCGCGCUCGCCAUCAAGCGCUGCGACUUCCCCGGCGUGCUCGGACCCUUCGACACCGACUUCUACCCCGUCACGGAGACGACGUCGCGCCGCCGCCGCGCCCUCGCGCUCCCUGGCGGCGGUGAUGACGACGGGGACGAGGGCUCCGCGCUCGCGCUGCCGCCGGGGCCGCGCGGGCCCGGACGGGCUCUGCAGCAGAUCUUCGCGGCCCCGGACGACCCGUUCGAGCUGAUCCAGGGCCAGAUGGGGUUCAUCGAGCUCGCCACAAUCGGGGGCGAGGCGGCGACAAUCAACCCGACGGGGCUCGAGUCGGAGACGCUGUACCAGGUGGCGGCGAUCGCGGCGGACUCCUGGCUCCCGCCGAACGAGAUGGGCACGCCGUUCACGGUCAACAUCGUCACGCUGGACAUCACGCCGCCCCGAUUCGUGCUGGGCACGCCGCUGGCACGGGACCCGUUCAAGACGUCGAUCUCGCUGACCGUGGCGCUGAACGAGACCGGGACGGCGAUCUACGCGCUGUACCCGGCGCUGACGCCGCAGCGCACGGUCGCGGAGGUGCGUGCGGCGCAGGGGUCGGUGCUGAACGGCACGGUGGCGAUUCCGGGGGGCUUCCGCAACGUGACGUUCCGGCUGGGCGGGCUGCAGCCGGCGUCGUGCUACGAGAUGUUCUGGACGGGCGAGGACGACGGUCCGCGGAGCGACGGCGUGACGCCGAACCGCAUGCCGGGUCCGCCCGCGGUGCUGUCGGUGUGCACGCAGGACGACGCGCCCCCGCGGUUCGUCACCUUCCGCGGCGACAACUUCGCGACGAACUCGUUCGACCUCGUCAUCCAGCUCAACACGACGGGCCUCGUGACCUACAUGGUCGUCUCCGACGCCCAGUGCGCGCGCGUGACGGCCACCGUCGACAACGUCCGCCUGGUGCAGACGGCCGAGCUGGGCCUGGCGCGCGUGCAGCACGGGUCCUUCGGCGUCAGCCGCGCGUUCAGCGACGUCGCGGAGGUCAUCCGCGGCACGGUCGAGCGCGCCACGUACACCAUUUACAUGUUCGCCCAGGACCAGGUGCAGCCCGAGCCCAACGUGCAGACGGAGACGACGUGCUUCGAGGUGACGCUCCCGGACGUCACGCCGCCCGUCCUGACCGCGGUGCUCAACAACGAGGCGCCCACGUCCUUCGACCUCGUCGCGGGCAUCAACGAGCCCGGCAACAUCUGGUACGCGGUGUACCCCAACUGCACCGUGCCGUCGUCGACGCCCACGGCGUCGCUCGUGCGGCAGAUCGCGAACGGGACCGUUCCGCCGGGGUUCAUCAGCACGGACUUCACCGCGUUCGGCACCGUCGCGCGCACGGGCCCCGCGGGCGGCAGCGCCACCAUCCCCAUCGCGCCGGUGCUGCCGUCGCGGGAGUACCGCGUGUACGUGGCCGCGGACGACCUGCGCGGGAACCUGGCGCCCCUGCAGACGCUCGCCACCACCACCGUCGACAACCAGCCGCCGAACAUCACCGAUAGCUGCGUCCCCGCCAACGUGGCGCUGACGGAGACCACGGCCACGUUCAACUUCGAGCUCGACGAGCCGGGGAACCUGACGUACCUGGUGCUGCCUGCCGCCGAUCCCGCGCCGAGCGAGAUCCAGCUGCGCGCGGGGCGGCUCACGGACGGCCGCCUGGCCAGCGCCAACGUCUCGGGCGUGGUCGCCGCGCUCGGCACGCCCGCGCCGCAGCCGGGCGGGGCGUGCAGCAACCUCGGCCCGGUCGGUAACGAGCCCGGGGAGUUCCUCGGCCCGUUCAACGUCACGAUCCGCGUCCUCGGGCUCCUGAGCGGCACCGCGUACCGCCUGCACAUCCUGUCCCAGGACAUCGGCGGGCGCAGCGGGAUCGUCUCGCUCCCGGCGUGCCCGGUGGCCAACUUCACGACGCCGGACCUCACGCCCCCGCUGUUCACGCUCCUCCAGGCCUUCUUCUCGCCGCCCACGGCCUUCCGCGUCGACACGGCGCUGAACGAGCCCGGCGAGGUGCGCUUCGUCAUAUACCCCGACGGCCUCUUCACGGAGCUGCCCACGCCCGCGCAGGUCCUCGAGCUGCGCCGCCCGGACGGCUCGUUCGCCACGCCGCUCAGCGGCUCCAUCGACGUGCCCGCGCCGCUGACGGUGUACUCGGCGCGCGGCUGCGGGCUGAGCAGCGCGGUGACGUACAGCCUGUACGGCAUCGCGCAGGACCGCCGGCCCAACGUGCAGGACGCCGUCACGCGCGUCCCGGUCAACUCGACCGCGGACGACGCCGGGCUGAACCUGGCGCAGUGUACGCAGGCCUUCCUGACGCGCGACCUGCGACCCACGAUCCGCCCGACGCUCGGCCUGCCCGGGCGCGGCGUCGGGAACACGACGCUCGUGGACGGGCGCUUCAGCCGCGGCAUCGACCUGUUCCGCAGCGCGCUCCCGGGCGCCGCGGUGGAGAUCGUGGCCACGACGGGGGGGGUGUCGGACGCGCAGCUGCAGAUCCCGACGAGCAUCGCGGCGGGCACCCGGGCCAACAUCACGGGCGUGAUCGCCGCGAACCAGGCGGCGUCGGUGGGCGUCAUCAUGCAGACCAGCGACCUGUUCACGGACUUCGCCACCCUGCAGCUGCGGUACUUCCUCCGGGACGCCGACGGGCGGCCGCAGGUCGCGACGCCCACGCGCGUGUCGGUGGUCGUCACCGUCGGCGCCCAGCCGCCCGCGGAGCUCACGUGCAUCGCGCCGAGCCUCCCCGCGGCCACCACGGGCGUGGGCACCUGCCGCGCCGCGGUGCCGCCCUCGCUCUUCCCGACGCCGGGCGCCGCGGCGGCGACGGCGAGCGCGGUCGUGCGCGCCACGCUCACGACCGGCGUCGUGGACUCGGCGCCCGCGAGCGUCGUCCUGCAGCCCCCGCCGACCCACACGGAGACGACCACCGCGGGGUUCACCGUUACGAUGCCGCAGAAGCCGAUGCUGCCCGGGGAGGAGUUCACGGCGGUCGUCACGGCGCACAGCGGCGGCACGUCGAUCAAGACGUGGUCUGUGCCGUUCUACUUCGACGCGGGCGUGGUCGAGUACACGGGCGCGGUGAGCACCGACCCGCUGUGGAAGGCGGCGAUCGUCGCGACGGGCUCCGGGUUCGUCGGGUUCAACACGGAGGGCCGCGCGGACGGGGUGUCGCGCGCGCAGGUCACGGGGACCGCGGUGCCGAUCCUCACGGCCACGUUCCGCGUGCGCACCGGGACCACCGCUGGCCCGAAGCUCAACGCGCUCAGCGUGGGCGCGGUGCAGAACCCGGCCAAGCUGACGGGCGACUUCACGCAGGGCGCUGCGAUCAACGCCGAUCGCCCCAUCGCGCAGAUCAACGACCAGCGCGGGGGCGCGCAGCAGGCAUACCAGCUGGUGGUGGUCGCGGAGGUGGCGCGCGGCCUGUACGCCACCGCCGCGCGCGCGGUCGUCGUCAACACGGCCGUGCUGAACGGCGCGGACGUCACGUCGGCCAUCACCGUGCGCAGCGUCAGCUCGCGCCUCAGCGCCGCCGACGCCGACGUGACGGCCCUCGCGCAGUGCACGCCGGACGCCGCGACCGCCGGGUCCGUGGUCGCCAUGACCGGCUGCCGCGUCACGCUGUCGAACGUCCUCAGGAACGGCGGCGUGUCGACGAUCACGGUCGCCCAGGGCGGCCUCACCACCGCGGCCACCGUCACCGUCCUCUUCCCGCUGCGGCUGCAGAUCGCGGCCGGCGACACGCUCCUCUCCCGCGUGCUCGACCCCUCGGCGCAGGACGCGGCGACGGUGUACCCGGGCAUCAUCACCGCGGGGUGCACGCAGUCGCUGUACCAGAACACAACGCUGCGCGUGUACGCCACGUUCGGGGGCGCCGGGCUGCCCAACACCACCGACGUCGAGGUGACGGACCUCGUCAGCCUCACCACCUCGGACCCGACGGUCGUCCAGCUCGCGUCCACCACCGCGCUCGGGGUGUCGGGCCCCGGCUCGGCGGUGAUCUCCACGGGAGCCAGCACGGCGGCGGCGCUGGCCACCUCGAUCACGAUCAGCACGGCGCAGGAGGUCGUGUGCCUCACGAGCCUCGACGUGGUGGUGUUCACGGGCGCCGCCGUCGCGUCCGGCGCGCCCGCGGGGGGGUUCCCGCUCGACGCAGGGCAGACGGUGUCCUUCACGCCCGCGCAGCGGCUCACCGCGGAGCGCGCGCGCGCCUACGUGCGCGCGUACGUCCGCACCUUCGACGACGCGGUCCACGACGUGACGGGCUUCGUCAACUUCACGUCGACGCGCCCCGACAUCAUCGUGCCCGCGGGGCGCGACAGCAACGGCAACCAGAUCGUCCAGGUGACCGCGCAGCUCGGGUCGCCCGCGCUGUGCGGCCGGUUCAUCAAGGCGCAGAUGCGCCUGUGCGGCGCGGCGGUGAUCGAGGGCCUCGCGCCCGUCCGCGUGGAGCUGCCGGGCAUCCGGCGCAUCCGCAGGUUCGAGGUGCGCCAGGUGGCGGCGGCGUCGACGACGGUGGUCACGCGCAUCACGCGCGCGGGGGACCCCGCCGGGCUGGCGCCGAUGUCGCUGCCGACGCAGGCGCGGCUGUUCGUGGAGCUGGAGCUGGACGACGGGACGUUUGUGGACUUCUCGGCGGACGCGCGGACGCGGUUCAACGUCACGGUGAACGCGGGGCUGCUGACGCUGGCGAAGAACGCCGGCGGCGCGACGAUCGCGAACGCGGCGGGCAACUCGAGCGCGUUCGGCACGGCGACGCUGCGGGUGGACUUCCCCGCGCUCAACCGCACCGACCUGACGGCGACGACCACGCUGAACGUGGUGCUGUGGAAGACGGGCGUGCCCGUGCUGCUGGACUACUUCGUCGGCCCGCGGGCCACGGACCAGGACCUGACGCGCACCGCGUCGCAGCCCGCGCGCCUGCAGAAGUUCGAGUGCACCGCGACGGCGUGGCAGUCGCUCACGGCGUGGCACCGGGCCGUCCUGACGGACGACAGCGUGUUCGAGAUCACGCCGCAGUCGACGCUCAUCCUGAGCAACGCCAACGCGCGGUGGAGGGAGAACAUCGUGACGAUCACGCAGGCGGCGCUGCCGGACCUGUUCAACCGCCUGCAGCCCCUCGCGGCGGGCACGGUCACCGUGACGAUGCAGUUCGGCACCGGCGCGGCGCAGCGGAACAGCACGGUCGACAUCACGCUGGACGACGCGACGCUGGCGGCCGUCACCACCCUCACGGUGACCACCGCGCUGUGCGACGACCCGACCACGCCGCCGCUGUGCGCGGCGACGCUGCGGGGCAUCGCGGGCUCGAAGACGAAGCUCCUGGACGCGGAGAUCAUCGUGAACACGGCCAACUACAACCGUUACUUCGCGUUCACGGGGGUGGCCCGCGGCCCCGCGUCGGCCUACGACAUCCUCCCGACGCCCGAGGUGCUGGCCUUCGCGUCCUCGCAGACGGCGUGGAUCGCCGUCGACACGUUCGGCGACCUCACGAUCGUCGGCAACUCGGCCGGCGUCGCGGCCGCGCAGCUCACGACCACGUACACGUGCGCGGCCAACCCCACGCUGACGGACGUGCAGAACAUGCACGCGAACCUCGACCCGGCGCCCGGGGACGCCGACGUCGGCGAGCUCCACGGGCCGCAGUUCCAGCGGCAGCCCAUCCUGGACACGGGCGCGCGCGACCUGUCCACCACCGACCCCGCGCCGCAGCUCCGCGUGCCCGUGCGGAUCAACGCGGCGACGGGCGCGCUCGAGGCGUUCCAGAUCAUCCUCACCUUCGACCCCGCCGUGCUGCUCGCCACGUCGUGCACGCAGGGCGCCGGCUGGCGGUUCUCGUUCCAGUGCACCAUCAACAAGCCCGCCAACCAGGUCAACGUGAUCGGCAUCGGCACCGACACCGGCACCACGGGCGCCGCCGUCGUCGUCGCGGACGUCGCCUUCACGCUCCAGACCGCCGGCACGUCGGCCGUGGGCGCGGUCGUCCGCGAGAUGGUGCUGGCGGGGCAGCCCAUCCUGCGCGACUUCAACUCCACCGCGUCCGCCGGGUCGCUCACCGUGGCCUCCCGCCGCCGCGCGCUCGCCGCCGCGGAGCCGGCCGCGCCGGCCGCGCGCACGCCCUCCGUCGCGGACGUCGCGGCGGCGGCGCACCCGUUUGCCGUCCACGCGCGCCAGCGCGGCCUGCAGACGGCGACGAACUGCACGGUGGCGCAGCAGGCGUCGGUCCUGGGCGACGUGGACGGCGACUGCCAGUUCCGCCCGAGCGACGCGCUCGCGCUGCUCAAGGUGCGCAACUUCUGGAACCCGCUGGACACCUCGCGGCCCGACUUCCGCGACAUCUACUUCGACCGGCUCGCGGAGCUGUCCGCGGACCAGCGGGCGCGGGCGAACGUGGCGUCGGACAUCGUGGGCGUGACGGCGCGGCAGAUCGCCAACACGGACCCCACGUUCGAGUACCUGUCGACGCUGGCCGCCGGCGACAAGUACUUCCAGCCGCGGCCCGACGGGACGGCGUUCGCGGGGACGCCGUACCGCAGCCGGCAGGCCAUCGACAUCCUGCGUCCGGGCGACGACCAGGCGAUCCUGCUGUACCAGCUCGUGCUGGCCAACACGCAGAAGCUCUACCGCGGGCUGACCAAGGUCGUGGACACCAACACGCUGCAGACCAGCCUGCGCGUGGAGGUGCGCUCGGACGCCGGCGCGCUGCUCGCGGACGCCGCGGACACGACCGUCAAGCUCGAGCUGCGCACCAACCAGAACCUGGUCUUCAAGAACCCCGCCGCGGGGAACCUGGCCUCGCGCACCAGCGACAACACCUACCUGGUGACGGCGGACUUCCUCGGGGCCGGCGUGUUCGAGGCGCGGCUGCUCUCGCUCGCCGCGGGCAACGUCGAGGAGCAGGUGCAGGAGGAGGCGCAGGUGCCCGUGGCCGUGCACGUCGAGGUCAGCGACGCCGCGGGGCAGCCCUUCGCGACGCCGGAGAACGGCUUCUUCGCCUACUACGGGACCACCGCGGGGCGCCCGGCGUACCUCCAGGCCAGCCCGGGCGCCCUCGGCUACGUCCCCUACACGGAGCUCGCCUUCACGGAGAUCCUCACCUUCUUCCCCGCCUUCCCCUCGGCCGUCAACAUCACCUCGACCAAGCUCACGCUGCGCCCGGGGAUCACCAGCCGGGUCGGCGUGAACCACAACGUGGCGUUCGUGGGCCUCCUGCGCAACAACAGCCGCCUCGGGGGCGUCGCGGGGACCUCGCCGGCGCUGAUCCCCACGGCGGCGCAGGUGCUGGCGCCCACGUCCAUCCCGGGGGGCUGCGUGGCGCCCGCGUGCGUGUCCGGGACGUUCGUCUACUCGCGCACGAGCGGCGGCGUCGGGAACUCGGUCGAGGUGACGGGCCUGACCGGCGCGGGGGUGUACGACAUCUUCGUGCACGUGGAGGGGGUGUCCCGGCCCAACGUGCUCGGCGCGCUGUUCGGCGUCGUCACGCCCGACACCAGCGCGCCGACGGUCACGGCCAUCUCCGUGACGCCCGAGGUCCCGACCCCGCCGGCGGACCUGUCGAACAGCCUCACGUUCAGCGUCGACCUGACGUUUGACGAGCCCGCCACGCUCCAGGUCUCGGCGUUCAAGAUGUGCACGCACUGCGGGCUCGUGCCGUCGAUCGCGCAGGUCCAGAACGCGCGCACAAUCUGCACGGAGGCGGCCCCGGCCAGCGGCAGCGGGGCGCCGGACUGCCGCGACCUGUGCCGGCCCGUGUUCCCCACCAACUCGGACAACGGCGCGACGGUGACCGCGGUGACGGGCAGCACGACGACCACCGCGCCCUUCACCGCCUCGAUCCCCGUCAGCGGCCUCCUGUCGCACAACCCCAUCCAGCCCACGGACACCACCACGUGCUUCGAGGUGUCCAACCGCCCGCCGUGCAAGAACUUCACGCUCUACGUGGUGGCCACGGACGGCGUGCAGCCGUCGUACAAGAACCUCUUCGACAGCUGCACGCCCGCCGCGCAGGCGCUCACCGCCGCGCAGACCGCGGCCGGGUACGUCGCGGCGCGCUCCUGCAACCAGGCGGUCAACCCCAACGCCAACACCGCGGGCAACGUGCAGACCGGGCCGUUCGUGCACUGGACGCGCGGCAGCCCGCAGCCGGCCACGCAGGCGGGCGUGUACCGCACGCGGGGCGUCGGCGUGACGGUGUCGCUGGACACGACGGGCUUCGGUCCGACCUUCACGGACCCGGCGAUGCCCGUCGUCACGUCGGGGUCGAACCAGUUCACCGCGGACUUCGCGCUCAACCGGCAGGGCAUGCUCGCGUACAGCCUGUUCACGACGCUGUCCGCGGGCGACCUCCUCAGCGGCGGCGGCGCCGCGGCACGCGUCAUCUCCAACGGCCGCGUGGUGGUGACCCCCGCGACGGUGGGGGCCACGCAGACGGCGACCAUCUCGGGCUGCACGCUCGGCGGCGUCGCGUACACCAUCGACCCGAACACGCAGUACCUGCUCAUCUACACCACGGUGGAUCCGUACUUCCUGAGCUUCUACGCCGUGGCCUCGCGCAGCGUCACGACGACCAGCAAGCGGCGGCUGCUGGGCUUCGACGACGCGGAGGCGUGGGUCGUCUGGGACCCGUCCGCGGUCGAGGACGUGGAGGAGCUGGCGGAGGACGCGCUGCGGCGGCGCGUGCCCAUGCUGCCCCCCGCGUGA